AUGCCGCCGGCGCGCAACUGCGAGGCUCUCUCCUUUCUUAGAACUACCCGGCGGCCGACGGCUUUUCGCAGCAGUGCAGCGCACGAUCGACUCCCGAACGAAACGACCUCACUGCUUCCAAAGCCCGCUGUUGAAGAAGCAGAAGACGACAGCCAUGUCUACAACACCGACGACCGCACACGAACGCAAAUCGUCGCUUCCGAGUUCUGGCUGCUCUUCAAAAGUUCAAUACCCGUGAUCCUGGCCUACACGCUACAGAACUCACUACAAACGAUUUCUGUCCUGAUCGUCGGACGACUGAGCCCAGAGGCUCUAGCAGUCGCAGCUUUCAGCUACAUGUUCGCCAUGGCCACCGCCUGGCUGAUUGGAAUGGGAGGCACAACUGCGAUUGACACCCUCGCAUCGGCUUCCUUUACCGGCAGUAAGAAUAAGCAUGAUCUCGGCAUCAUCCUUCAACGGGCAUUCCUCGUUCUUGGUCUGUUCUACAUACCAGUUGCAGUUCUGUGGCUUUGCUCAGAGCCCGUGUUCAGAGCUCUUGGACAGGAAGAAUACAUCGCUCGGGAUUCGUCCAAGUUUCUCUGCGUACUGAUCCCGGGAGGUCUGGGCUACGUAUACUUUGAAUGCCAGAAGAAGUUUCUCCAAGCCCAAGGCAUCAUGCGUGCCGGGACCUACGUCCUUCUCAUCACAUCACCAGUCAACGCAGGACUGAACUAUCUCUUCAUCUACAAGUUCAACAUGGGUCUGUUCGGAGCACCUCUGGCUACCGGCAUCUCCUACUGGCUGUCAUUCAUCCUAUUGGUCGCCUACACACGAUUUAUAGCGGGUAGCGAAUGUUGGGGCGGAUUUGAUCGGAGGUGUCUUCGCAACAUUGGCACGUUCUCGAGAAUCGCAAUACUCGGUGUUGUGCACGUCGGCACCGAGUGGUGGGCUUUUGAGAUUGUGGCAAUCGUUGCAGGACAAUUGGGCACCAUUCCACUCGCCGCUCAGAGCGUCAUAAUGACCGCCGACCAGGUCUUGAACACUAUCCCCUUCGGAGUUGGCGUUGCAACAUCAGCCCGAGUUGGCAAUCUCCUCGGAUCGAAGACUGCGAAAGGCGCCGCCCUCGCCGCCAAUACAGCUGCAUGGCUGUCCAUGCUACUCGGCGCUAUUGUGCUCGCUAUUCUCAUGGCCACACGGAACAACUUUGCACGCCUUUUCAAUGACGAUGAAGAUGUCAUUAGGAUGACCGCCGACGUUCUCCCGUACGUUGCCCUAUUCCAGAUUGCAGACGGUUUGAACGGAUCCUGUGGCGGUGCCCUCCGAGGUAUGGGACGACAGCACAUCGGCGCUGCAGUCAACAUCGUGAGCUAUUACUGCGGAGCUCUGCCAUUGGGCGUUUAUCUCGCGUUUCACGAUUGGAGCCUCGCCGGUCUGUGGGUCGGACAAUGCAUAGCGCUUUACAUCGUCGGAGCACUCGAAUGGGUGAUAGUAGCCUUCAGCAACUGGGAGAAGCAGGUCCAAAACGCCUUUACGCGAAUGGAUCCCGGCGACCGCGCCGAACAAGGAGAACAGUCAGAAGUCAUCGAGCAGUAA